CCCCCUCUAGUCACAUUCUCUCCCUUCACGAGUCACAGAACGCCCAUGACUAAACAUCCAAAAGCUCGACACUCUCAAACACAGAGCCACACAAUUUCCCUUCUAAGGAUCAAGCCCACCGACCCAAGAUCUACACAUAAGUAUUAUAUAAAACCCCAACCGACCCCUCUUCUCUCCGAUAUCCAGUCCACAUCCUGAUAGAGCAGAGAAUAAAUACGUUCAGUUCCUUCCCUGCUGAUUCAUGUAAUGCAAUAUGGCCAACAAAAGGUCCCAAUUCAGCUGCUCACCAAAUUUUCUGUUUUGAUCCCAAAAAGAAUUAAAAGAAGAAAAAACUGUGUCCCCACUCAAAUAAUUUGAAAGCGAGAGUGGAGAUGUACUCGCUCGGAACUGGAGAAUCUACCAUUGAAGAUGGCGAUAAACAAUGAUGAUGAAAAAUGGGAGGAGUUUGACUCUGAUGAGGAAGAGGAUGAAGCAUUGUCGUUCUGUGAUCUUCCGAACGAUUUAAUAUGUAAAGAGGAUAAUUCGGGUAAGGAAGAAAAUCCUCAAGUGGUGGGAACCGGGGAAGAUUUCGAUUUUGGGUCGUGGAAUAGGUCUCUUUUGGCAGAAUCAGAUAUGUGUGCGGCAGAUGAAGUGUUCUUUCAAGGCCAAAUUCUGCCAUUACGUCUUUCAGUCAGUUCCGAUAGCGGCCUUGCUGGCUACCGCAACGAUAGCAGGAAAUCAAGCCGGUGUGUCUCGAGGUCUGAGUCCAUGGAUCGUGGUUCUUGGGGUGGAUUUACAAGCGUGAGCAGCAGGAGCAGCAGCAGUAGAAGUCACAAUUCAUCAAUUAGCAGCACCUCCACCGCAACCACACACAGGUCAAGAGUGCGAAAUCAUUUCCACGCCCACCCAAGCCCCAAGCCCCAGAUCAAGAUUUUCAACACUCGGCAAGGAAAUAUCGGCAGCCGGGGCCGCAAAUCGACGAUGUGGGACCUCUUCCGGCCGGGUUUGGUACGGACACCGGAGAUUGAAUUGCAAGACCUCAAAGUCCGCUCUACUAACAAGGGUUUUGACAGCCGCAAUAGCAGCAGAAGCAGUAGUUUCAACAGCACCGCUAACAACACAGCAAAGAGCAAUCAUGGUUUCAACGCAGAAAAGCGAAGAAGUCAUAGAUUUUCCAUCAAGAAGAGAGAAUUUCUAAGUGGAUGUAAGUGUUCGAUCAGUGCAGUUGAUCCAGUUCCUUCUAGGAUUGUCGUCAUUAAAACCAGCAGCAAUGGGGGUGACAGCAACCCCAAUGAACGUCCAUCACAGAAACAGCGCCAACACGUGAAGAAGAAGAACAUGCAUCGCACCUUUGAAUGGUUAAAGGAGCUUUCGCAUGCAGCUGCUCCUGACGAAGCCUAGAUUCAAAAACACCACGCCACAACCUUUUUUUUUUUUUUCAUUUUUUCAUUUUUCCUUCAUUAUCCAGUAUGUUCUUGUUAUCUGCCUCUAAAUUUUCCCUCAUGUUUUUAAAAUUAUUCAAUUAUAAUAUCCAAGUGGUUGGCUCUGUUCUCAAGAA